AUGAAUAUCACCUUCUUUAAUUCGUCGGACGGGGAACAGGUAGAAUAUGAUGGACAAGAAGUCAGUGCGAUUGCAGUUGCCAUAGUCUACGCGGUGAUGGGAUUAUUGGGCGUCCUUGGUAAUACUCUCGUUCUUUUCGUUAUCAUCGUCGUACGCGAUCUGCACGAUGUCGCUAACGUCUUGAUCGGUAAUCAAUCUCUGAUUGAUCUCUUGACAUCGCUCCUACUCCUGGCCAGCUUCGUUGCUCCUCUACCAUCUAUCCCAACCAACAACCCAAUCCUUGCCCGGUUCCUCUGCGCAUUUUGGCACUCCAAGUAUCCGUUCUGGUCUCUGAUCGUCGCUAGUUCACUCAAUCUAACAUUAAUGACACUGGAGCGGUACUAUGCUAUCGUAUUCCCUCUUCAUUACCAUAGUAGAACCAAAUCAACGAAGUUGGCCUGUCUUGUAGCUCUACCAUGGUUGUCGGGAUUCGCCUAUCAGCAGUACCUAGCCUGGUUCUCGAAGGUAGAACAGAACCAGUGUCAUCUAUUUCUUUUCCCGAACAAUGCAUCGCGGACUGGCCUUACGUUUGGAGCUACCUUCCUGGAGCUAAUUCUUCCCAUCAUUGUUAUUAUUUAUGUAUACACAGCCAUCUCUAUAAAGCUGAAGAUUACAAUGAUAGAACAAUUCCAGGACACUAAGAAGUCUACUGGGUCUCAGGUAACUUCUUCAGCACCCAACGCUAACAGUCGUAUUCGUGCCAGAAGGAAUGUCAUUAAGAUAAUGUUGAUUGUGUCUGCUUGUUUUGUCAUUUGCUGGUUACCAAACCAGAUAAUAUACUGGUUGUAUGUUCUUGGAGUCAACAUCGAUCUGACUGGAUUGAUCUAUACACUGUCGGUUUUCAUUGCUUUCGGUAAUAUGUGGAUCAACCCCUUCAUAUAUUCCUUUCAAUAUCGACGAUUUCAAAAAGGAUUGAGGCAGGUUUUCUGCCAGUGGAAAAGGAAACAUCAAAUGAAAUCUAAUGUCAGUGUCAAUACCGUUUCAUCGGCAGUUUGA